AUGGCUGCCGUCAAGACCAAGCUCUCCCGCUCAAUGGCUCUUUUGACACACAACAAGAUUAAGAUUGACGAGUUGAAAGAGGCUGACAGACCGUUAGGUUCUGACCACUCAGUAGUCAACGCUUCUGAAUGUUCAAGUUCACGUCGACGUGACAGCAGUGACUCUGCAGACUCUGCAGAAACUGACCCAACACUUGAUCUAGGCUCGAUCCUGGACCCGAGUCUGUUUAUCAAUGCCAACCAGGAUUACGAAUCUUUCCCCGCGUCACUGUUCACUGACGACGAGAGUGUGCCUUCAAGCACAGUCAGCAGCUCAAGAUAUCCUCGACACCCUUCCAAGAGAACACGCUCAAAGGCAACGGGGCUGCGCACUUCACCAAAUCUGGUUUCCGGAACUCAACCACAACAGCCUGCCAUGCAUCUCGAUGGGCUUUUACCAGCCCAUCCGGGCGUUUCUUCGCAGGAUAUUCAUAGCUCUGAUCGCAGCGCCCAUGACGCCGUGACAGCCAUGGGGUGCGAGCAGAUGUCUCAGGAAGAUCUGACGCCCGGACUUCAGGUACUUUCGGAAGAAGAGCUGCUCAAAGCGUGCAGAUUCCGACAGCACAGACAGAGGCACGUCAUCGACGCUCGGAGCGCCAGGGCACGAAAGAAGUGCAGAGUCGGAAACAGGGCGACGAUGCUCCUGUCUACGGACAGAGACAUGGCGGAGGACGAACCAAGAGCCCGGUUCCUGUGCGGUGCCAGCCCGGAUGUGUUGCAGCGCGUGGCGCGCAGGGCUUCGAUCUCGCGCCGGCAGCAGCAUCCUAAAACAGCCGAGGCCGACAAGUUCCGUGUCGACGACUUCGCCUGUAGGUCCGCGCAGAGCCGCAAAUCAUGGCUGCUUAGCUGGGAGGCCCGGCUUCAGCUGAGGUACAGCAAGCGACAGAGCUUCGCCGAGGGAACACAUUCCGCGCGCGUCACCGACAAGCCCGAAACCAGCGCGGAGGCGUCGACUGCACACGACGAGGACUCCAUCUCUGCGCAAACCCAAGAUCCUCAUCUGCGUCUCCGCUCCGACCUUGAGCCGGCCCUGGCCAUCACGACAAGCGCCAUACACAGCCCGGAAACGCAGGACACCUUACCGCCACAGACGCGCCGCGAAGAGACGCAAGGGACGCUCGCCCAGCAGCAGCCUAUCAAGAGUGACAGCACUUUACCCGCUUCAGAAAGCGGCAGCAGCGGCGGCGAGAGUGCUGAUCCGCAUCGAGUGUCUGACGGGGAGGAAGACGACGACGACGACGACUCUUCAAACGGCCCCAUCCAGCCGAUGACGGCGAGGGUGGUCACGAUGAGAAAGGCGGGCGCGAAUCUUCACACGUUCACGCUGACGAAGAGCCCGAGCCAGGAACACGCUUUGGCCGGAUGA